UGCUCACUCCUAAUUCUAGGUCAUUAAUGAACAAGUUGAAGCCGAUAUGCGUCACCAGGCGCGGAAGGGAUAAAUGCCUUGACUUCCCAGUGGCCUCCGGGCAGACUAUAUGCAUUUCCUCCAAUUCCAGUGAUUUCCAGGGUACUCAAAAAACUUCGUGCCGAAAGGACAGCACUUUUGUUGGUGGCUCCAUGGUGGCCAAGGUGACCUUGGUUUCCAGACCUUCUCGAUCUGUCGGUGGAACCACCAUGGAAGAUUCCAACGCGAACGGACCUGCUCUCUCAGGGACAGCUCCAGCACCCAGACCCAGAGUGGUGGGCACUUCAUGUCUGGAACUUGAACGGAAGAGACUCUUGAAAAGAGGCAUCUCUCCGCAAGUAGUAGAAACCAUGAUGGCUUCUAGACGCCCAUCCACGCUCAGAAUUUAUGAAAGCACUUGGAAGGCCUUCUCAUCCUGGUCGCAGAAACAAGGGGUUCUUCCUCGAAAGGCGGGAGUAAAAGAAAUCUUGUCCUUCCUGCAAGAUGGCGUAUCUUUGGGUCUCAGACCAAACACCCUGAGGCGCCAAGUUUCAGCCUUAUCGGCAACCCUCUCCAGAUCCCCGGAUAAGCCAGUCGGAUCUCACCCCUUUGUCAAGAGUUUCCUCAGGGGAGCAACGAUAACUGCACCUCCUACGGUGCAUCGCUACCCAACUUGGGAUCUGCAUAAGGUUUUGUCAGCCCUUCAAAAACCUCCGUUCAAACCCCUGAGUCAAGUUUCUCUCCGUCUUCUUUCCUUUAAGGUCUUGUUUCUUGUGGCCAUUACUUCGGCCCGUCGAGUGUCUGAAUUGAAUGCCCUGUCUGUCCAUAAAAAUUUUUGUGUAUUCCAUAAGGAUAGAGUAGUCCUCCGUACUGUCCCUUCCUUUCGUCCCAAAGUGUUGUCUGCCUUCCAUUGUCAGCAGGAGCUGGUCUUACCAUCCUUCUGUCCAAAUCCUGUCCAUCCUUUAGAAAAAGCCUGGCACUCUCUUGAUGUGACAAGAGCCCUUAAAGUUUAUAUUUCCAAGACUAAAUCAUUUCGGAAAACAGAUAAUUUGUUUGUCUCCUUUCACCCAAAAUCCAUGGGGAAUAAAGUCACCACAUCUACGCUAGCCAGGUGGAUCAAGGCAUGCAUUUCCUUGGCAUAUGCCUCUCUAAGAUUAUCCCGGCCCGCCGGGUUGGUAGCUCAUUCUACUAGGGUGGCGGCCACAUCAGCGGCCUUUUCCCAUAAUGCCUCUCUGGGGGAGAUAUGUAGGGCAGCCGCAUGGGCCACUCCCAAUACCUUCAUUAAACGUUAUAAAAUAGACUCCUAUGCUUCAGCCGAGGCAGCCUUUGGUAGGAGAGUGCUACAGCAUGUCCUCUCAGAUCACUAGUACCCAUAGCCCAGCAGUAUUCCCACCCUACAUGGGUCAGCUUUGGUAUGUCCCACCUGAUAUCAUCUUUCCAUGCACAGGAGAAGAGACAUUUGGUCUUACUGUGAAAUCGGUCUUCUCUGUGCAUGUCAAAGAUGAUAUCAGGGCCGCUCCCUAUGACAGCUGGGCUGCCUGUCCAAGCGCUGUUAGACCUUGAGCAGAGAGUGUAUGAGUACUGUUGUGUUGUCUUUUUGUGGUAUUAUUUCAUUUCUUUCUGUGGGCUUGUUAUUAAAAAACUGCGGACGGAGCAGGCGCAGACGGAACGGACCUACAGUAAAACGUCAGCAGUACUCUUUUGCCUUCAACCACUAGGUGGAGCUAGUUACCCACCUGAUAUCAUCUUUGACAUGCACAGAGAAGACCGAUUUCACGCUGCCUCAUGUGAGAAAGAUAAACUACGUGGAGCCCUCAAAUAUUCCAUAAUACCUUCGCACAAUGCAUUUCACUGCUAGUACC